GCACCUCCGUGUCGUCAGCGGGAGCCACCGGAGGUGGGGGGGGGUCCAGCCAUGGGGCGUCGAGGGCUCGCCGGCUGCGUUGGGGGUCUGUGCUGCCUCCUGGGCUGCCUGCGCAUGGCAGAGGCCACGGCUGGCUGGCCCUGCGGCAACACGGGUGACAUCUGCGCCGAGAACGCCUGCUGCGUCGGGGCGCCCAGCCGAGGCUUCUUCUGCCGCUGCGGCCGUGGCUUCGAGUCGAUGCCGCCCAACGGCUCCUUGCACGCCUGCCGCGACGUGGACGAGUGCGUGGCCAUCCCGGGCCCCUGCGGCCCCAACGCCGUCUGCAUCAACCAGCCCGGUGCCUUCACCUGCAUCUGCCGGCCCGGCUACGACGGUCCCAACUGCACGGUGCGGAUUUUCGCCUGCGAGUACAAAACCGCGCAGGAUGAGGCCCUGCGGAAGAGCUGCGGGCGCUCAGCCCCGGGGGACACGUGGUGCCGCGUGCUCAACGCCACGACCCAGCGGCUGCGGGCGGCCUGCGGCAGCGGCAGUGGUGACCGCAGCGGUGGCAUCAACCUGCAGGACACCCUCGCCCCGCUCUUCGAUGUGACGGCCCAGCUGCAGAGCCAACGUCGCCCCGAGGCCGCCGCCGCCACCGGGCUGCUGCUGCACACGGCCGAGGUGCUGGUGCUGGAGGCCACCGUGCGCCACGGCCAGCGCCAACCCCAGUUCUUCGCCACGGACAACCUGAGCGCCGUGGCCCAGCUGGUCACCAGCAGCUGCCACCCGGACGGCCGCAUUCUGAAGCUGACGGCAGGCAACGCCUCCAUGCACAUCCACUGCCACGAGGUGCUCACCAACGUGUCGAAAGGCACCGGCGCCGUGGCCCUCAUCGCCUACCAGGACCUGGAGACGGUGCUCAACGCCAGCAGCGCCGAGGAGGGGACGCCGCCGGGACGCCUCAACUCCCACGUGGUCAGCUGCACCGUGGGCAAGCCCAUGAACUUCUCCAAACCCUUCAGGUUAACCCUGCGGCACAAGACGGAGCCACGCGAGGAUGAGGAGGCCCACUGCGUGUCCUGGCAGCCAGUGGGCACCCACGGCCGCUGGUCGGAGCAGGGCUGCGAGCGCCUGGAGAGCGACCACCUCUACACCACCUGCAGCUGCUGGCAUCUCUCCAGCUUCGCCAUCCUCAUGGCCAUCAGCGACGUGGAGGAGAACGUCGCCCUGAGAUUGGUCACCUACGUGGGGCUGUCGCUCUCGGUGCUCUGCCUCUUCCUCGCCAUCCUCACCUUCCUCCUGUGCCGCUCCCUCUGGAACGUCAGCGUCGCCCUCCACCUGCAGCUCAGCAUCUGCCUCUUCGUGGCUGACAUCCUCUUCCUCGUGGCCAUGCACCGCAUCAGGAAUCAGCUGGCGUGCGCCAUCAUCGCUGGCCUCCUCCACUACCUCUUCCUCGCCUGCUUCACCUGGAUGUUCCUGGAGGGCUUGCACCUCUUCCUCACCGUCAGGAACCUGCGCGUGGUCAACUACACCAGCGCCAGCCGCUUCAAGAAGCGGUACAUGUACCCCACGGGCUACGGCGUGCCGGCCCUGGUGGUGGCCAUCUCCAUCGCCGUCAACCCCAGCGGCUACGGGACCGACAAGCACUGCUGGCUGUCCACAAAGGGAGGAUUCGUGUGGAGCUUCAUUGGCCCGGUCUGCGCCAUCAUCCUGGUUAACCUGGUGUUUUUCCUCACCACCCUCUGGAUCCUGCGGGACAAGCUGUCCACCCUCAACAAGGAUGUCUCCUCCCUCAAGAGCACGAGGACGCUGACGUUCAAGGCGCUCACCCACGUCCUCAUCCUGGGCUGCACGUGGGGCCUGGGCUUGCUGCAGACGCGCUCCAGCGCCCUGCUCGUGGCCUUCCUCUUCACCGGCCUCAACAGCCUCCAGGGAGUCUUCAUCUUCGUCGUGCACUGCCUCCUCAACCGGCAGGUGACGGAGCAGUACCAGCGGUGGCUUCGGGCCCUCAGCCCCAAAGCAGGGAGCACGGAGCUGACGAUGACGUUGUCGAACAUCACCUCCAUCACGGAAGGGGAAAGGCCCGCGACCCAGGGCAGAGAAGGCUGCGAGUGGCAGAAAUGAAGGCCCAGCACCGUGCGGGCCCAUUCCCGGCCUUUUCCCGAGGAACGACCUGUUUCCAUCCGCUUUCCGCAAGGACCCAACCCGUUCCCAGCAUUUCUCUGAGGAACGACCCGUUUCCAGACGUUUUCUGCACGGGUCCGACCCAUUUUCAGCCACUUCCCUGAGGAACAACCUGUUUCCAGCACUUCCAGGAGGAACCAACCCAUCUCCAGCAGCAUUUCCAGGACUUCUCCAAGGAAUGAACCAUUUCAAGCCAUUUUCCACGAAGAUGUGACACAUUUCCAGCAUUUCUCCAAGGAACAACCCAUUUCCAGCUUCUUUUCACAAGAAUCUGACCCAUUUCCAGCGUUUCUCCAAGAAUUCAACCCAUUUCCAGCACUUCUGCAAAGAGCCGACCCGUUUCCAGCAUUUCCUGAAGGCUCCAACCUCUUUCCAGCAUUUCCCCAAAGGAACGAUCCAUUUCCAGAUGCUUUCCACAAGAAUUUGACCCGUUUCCAGCUGCUUCUGCAAGAAUCUGACCAGUUCCCAGCAUUUCUCCAUGAAUCCGGCCCAGUUCCAGCACUUCCCUGAGGAUCCAACCUGGCUCCAGCAUUUUUGUGAGGACUUGACCCGUUCCCGCAAGGAUUUGACCCGUUCCCAUGAGGAUCCCACCCGCGGGUUCCUCGGCCGCUGCAUCGCAGCCCCUCGUGGGGAUUUUUUUUUGUGCUAAAAGGAGGCAAUUAAACACACGUGGCCUGUC